GUAUUUUCAAAUUAUCCAUUCACCAACACCAUAUUCAAAAUGGAUAUCUUCUCUGACCCACUUCCUUUCGAAUUUCAUUCUUUUUCAUUUGACUUUCCUAAUUUAGUAUCCUCUCCACUUUCUCAUCCUUCUUCAUCUACUACUCCUCAGUUUUCUGAUGAAGAACCCAUCUUGGCUUCCAGCUAUCCCAAGAAGCGUGCCGGCCGAAAGAAGUUUACCGAGACUAGACAUCCUGUUUACCGCGGAGUCCGUCGCAGGAAUUCCACGAAAUGGGUUUGCGAAGUUAGAGAACCUAACAAGAAAUCAAGGAUUUGGUUAGGCACUUUCGCCACCGCCGAAAUGGCUGCUCGGGCGCAUGAUGUUGCGGCUUUAGCACUUAGAGGACGGUCUGCUUGCUUGAAUUUUGCCGACUCAUUAUGGCGGCUGCCAAUCCCAGCUUCCAGCGAUGCCAAAGAUAUUCAAAAGGCGGCGGCGGAAGCAGCAAAGGCGUUUGGGCCAGCGGCAGAGGAUGGGUCGAAACAUAACUCGGAAAAUGUGUUUUAUAUGGACGAAGACGCAGUUUUUGGAAUGCCACAACUGCUAACGGAUAUGGCCAAAGCAAUGCUACUGUCUCCGCCUCCAUGCCUUGCCGAUAGCAGGGAAGAGGAUGCGGAAGAUGCGUCAUUAUGGAGUUUUUCCAUAUAAGUUAUUACAAGCGUUCCGUACUUAAUGUUUUUGACUAGUACGGCAAGAAAGGACAAAGCUUUGCCAUUCUUGUAAUAUGAAAAAGUUAGCAGUUAGCAGUUAGUGCAGUUAGUUGUGAAGUGAAACCAAAUUAGAGACUUAGUAGUUUCCUACUACUUACAUAUUUGAUGUGGAUGUUUCUUGCGCGUAAUAAUAGGAUUGGAUAAUGUAUGUACAUAUUUCAUCAUCCAAUACUAACUCAUUGCCACCAAAGCUCA